AUGCCCGCAACAAUUCCGUUGCUCAUUCUUACAGGGGCGGGUAUGGAAGCGAGUUUUUUCUUGGCGAAUAUUUCCAUUGGACAUCCACCACAAGAGCAAAUCGUAUUGCUGGAUACGGGAAGCUCCAUGCUCUGGAUCGCAGACACGGCAUGCACGACUUCGCAGGGCGAAAAGGGGUGUACCCCUCCUCCUGCCAAGGCCUUUGUUCCUGCACACUCCAAGACAGCGGAUGUGGGAGGAGCCGUUGCGCCGCUUGUGUACGCCGACUCUAGUAGCAUAACAGGCGUGCUUCUGACAGACACGGUGCACCUGAGUGGUGAGGCGUUCUCACACAUCCCCAUGCUUUUGGCAAAGAGGAUCGACCGUGGCAGCAGCAUUGGACAGGGUACCAUGGGCUUGGAGUUUGGAGGUGAGGUCGUUACGGGUUUGGGUAGCUUCGUGGACGCAGCAUUCCCUCAACGAGGAAACCUUGCCUCAAUCCAGGUCCAUACAUCACUGCCAGAUCCUCAUGUCUUUCUGAGUGAGGAACACACCAGUGACGCGUUUCGCUUCUCUUCGGACAUGUUCACAGAAGACAAUUCUAAAUGGUAUGCCAGUCUUCGCGCCAUAGGUAUGAGCACCCAAACGUCUGGAUCACUGUGGACGCAUGAUUUCAGCCGCAGCGACCCUUUAGGAGCACCAGCUUUGCUGGACACUGGCUCAGCAGCUGUUCGGGUAGGCAGUGAUGUUUUCAGAGGUAUCGUCUCAUCUCUCCCCGACUGCAGACAAUCAAGUCGGUUCGCCGCUUUGGAUUGCGCUUGUGAGGAUCCCCUUCCUACGUUGUCCCUAAGUUUUGAAGCAUACGAGAGCAGGCGGGCGGGUCUCGAUUUGGGUGCAAGCUUCCUUGUUUGCGUGCCUCCUGAAGCUUAUAUUUCUCGUGCGCCUGGUGGUCGUUGCCAUCUUCACAUUGUCGAUGCUGGUCAGCCGCAUGAGGUUUUUGGCCACGAAGCUAUAGUCCUCGGCAUGCCUGUUCUGAAGGCGGUGCAUUUUGCAUAUGAUGUGAACCGUCGGGUCGUCGGUUUUGCGGCUUCUGCGAGCUGCACAGAUCCGAGAGAUGCGUGGAUAUUUAGGAAUGGCCAGUCCAUCAGCCUUCUGACCGUUGUGGUACUCACCGCAGUUGGGCUGUUGCUUUACAGCCCUUCGGCACGUGAACACAGUUGGAAGUUAUUAUGCCCGUGUUCCGGUCGGUCUGACAGGGGGGUGCGAUUGUUAGACGAGAGCCCGUCCAGCGAGCUUACAGCUGUGAGUGCUGAGGAAACGAGGGCACGUAGACUUGCCCGUUUCAUGAAUGCCCCGUCCGCGGUUCAGGAGGGUGGCUCGCUCACGGGUCAUGCAAGUUCCGUAUGA